AGAUCCAGGAACAGCAGAGAAGACGCUCACACAGGUACAUCCACACUCUCCUCAUGUUUUCAUAUCAUUUUCAUAUUUGUCUUCAGUUGUUUGAGGUGGAGAUGUAAAACAGUCAUAGCUCGUCCUCUGGUGUGAAGAUAGUGACUGUAAAUGUAGCGGCGGUCAUGAUGUCACUCUAUAGGAGGCAGAUCAGAAAACAGUGUGGCCCCAGAGGCAGACGUCAUGUCAGGGGACAGUAGUCAGGGUGAUCAAACCCAGCGCAAUGGAGUUAAAAAUCACAGGUCGGCUCUUCCGGCUGCCAUGUUUUCAAGAAACAACAUCAGUAUGUGGAGCGUCCUCAAAAAAUGCAUUGGGAUGGAGCUGUCCAAAAUCACAAUGCCGGUGAUUUUUAAUGAGCCUCUGAGUUUUCUUCAGAGAUUGACUGAGUACAUGGAGCACACGUACCUCAUCCACAGAGCCAACGCUUCCCAAGACUCCAUCCACAGAAUGAAGUGUGUCGCAGCGUUUGCAGUGUCCGCCGUGGCCUCACAGUGGGAAAGAACUGGAAAACCCUUCAAUCCACUGCUGGGAGAAACAUACGAGCUCGUCAGAGAGGAUCUGGGCUUCAGAUGGAUCUCCGAGCAGGUCAGUCAUCAUCCACCCAUCAGUGCCUUUCAUGCCGAGGGCAUAAAGAAGGACUUUAUGUUUCACGGCUCCAUUUAUCCCAAACUCAAGUUCUGGGGAAAGAGUGUAGAAGCUGAACCGCGAGGGAUCAUCAGCCUGGAGCUGCCCGGGCACAGUGAGGCCUACACAUGGACAAACCCCACCUGCUGCGUUCAUAACAUUAUUAUGGGACAACUGUGGAUCGAGCAAUACGGAAAUGUGGAAAUUAUUAAUCAUAAAACUGGAGAAAGAUGCUGUUUGACCUUCAAGUCAUGUGGCAUCUUUGGAAAAGAGUUGCAUAAAGUGGAAGGAUACAUACUUGAUAAAAGUAAGAAGAAGGUGUGUGCGCUCUAUGGUAAAUGGACCGAGUGUUUGUAUUCUGUGGAUCCAGCGGCCUUCGAGGCUCACAGAAAAUCAGACGUGAAGCGACCAGAGAAGAGCAGCACGCCGAGCAGUCAUGCGGAAGAGGAACCGGAUGAAAUGCCUCCUCCAGAAGCAGAGACGGUGCAGCUCAUUCCUGGGAGUGAACUCAUCUGGAGGAUCUCACCACGACCAGACAACUCGGGCAAAUACUACGCUUUUACCACGUUUGCUCUGCAGUUGAAUGAGUUGGAUGUAGAGAUGGAGAAAGUUCUUCCACCUACAGAUUGUCGCCUGAGACCUGAUAUCAGAGCCUUGGAGAACGGCAACAUUGAUAUAGCCAGUGCAGAGAAAAACAGACUGGAGGAAAAACAACGAACAGCGCGAAAAGAUCGCUCCAAAUCCAACGAGGAAUGGAAAAUAAGGUGGUUUCAUCAGGGCUCGAACCCUCACACCGGAGCUCCAGACUGGCUCUACAAUGACAACUACUGGAGCAGGAACUACUCGCAACUGCCCGACAUUUACUGACCACUAAUGAGGGAACGAGCUGGUUUAAUAGCGUAAUAAUAUAAUAACGCCAUGCAUCGGACGACAUUCGAGUUAAUAAAAUUUCCAAUACGCUGCUGAACUGUGAUCAUGAGGACAGAGAAUGAUUUAAAUAGAUUUUAGUUUAUAGGGGGAGAGAAUGACUUAUAUAAUGGAUGAAACGACUAUUCUGAACAUGAAUGAUGUAAACUUUUAAUCGUGACUCUUUAAAUAGGUUGAACUUGAAUGAUGAAAUGUUUUGGAAGGACUCAGCAUCCGCCUGUGUUUGAUGGAUGCUGCUCUUGCAUUUAUAUUAUCAAGUUCAGUAGUUUUGACAUCAGAUUUGUUGAAUUAUUUUUAGUCUGAAUAUGAAAAUGGGCCCUUUGUUUUUUGUUUAUAUUGCGUUAAACUUCUGUUGUGCACGGAAAAUGUCAUAUUACACACGUUAUUUAAUCCAUCUAAUACUUUUUAUUGUUGCUAAAUAAAAUCAUUAUGAAACUUUG